AUGGUGCGCGUUGGAGGCGGUUGGUCUGACCUCGGCGAGUACCUGCGUCAAUACGCUGAACACCACGGCCGCCGAACAGCAAGCGAAGGCAAAUUCGAGGUGCUUGGUCUUGAAGUCAAGAACGUGGAGAACUCGCCCACUCGCCCCGAGAGCCGGCGCGAGAGACGCAUCAGCAUGGGCUACCCCUUUCCCAGCCCUUCGACCACGCCAGUCAAACCAUCGGGCUUGGGCGUCGGCAUCUCGAUAGACAGGACACCUCCGCCCAUGCCCAACUUCCGGGUAUCGACACCAGACGCGACCGAAGGACCAGUCAUGUCUUCCACCACACCGUCCGGCAGCCCGUGGCAAGGCCGCGAAGUUGGGCUCGCGGGCCCAAACACAAAAAAGCUUGAGCUCAGCGGCGAAAAGCUGCAGUGGAUCGAGGGCAUGAUGAAACAAGUUCGUACCGUGAGCACAAAUGCAAUCACAAUCGAUCGCCCGCCUUUCCAGCGCGACGAGCGCCCAGCAACAAGUGGCGGCGGAAGUCGUCCAGGCAGUCGUCCAGGCAGUCGUCCAGGUAGUCGCGCCGGCCUAGGCGGAACCCUCGGCGGCAAGAAGACCGAGUUCGCCGACUUGGGCAAAGUUGGCGGCACAAGAAGAGUGUUUAUGAAAGGUGGAAAGUCGAAUUUCGGUCCUGGCGAGCAGCAGUAA